CGCUGGCGCUGGCGCUGGCUAGGGCAGAGGAGCAAUGCGUCCGCUGGAGCGUCACGACGGCGAUAGCGACAGUGGAGAGGGGGAGAUGUUGCUGUAGGGAGCGACGCCAUAUCGAUCGAUUCUUCUGGCGCGCCAUCGCCAUGGCCGGCAGCAGCACUGGAAUUCUCCGCGGAUUUCCAAGUCGCCGGAAGACGUCAUGCGAUUCCAACUGAUCCUGCGCCUUCGUCACCGAUCCAAGGAUGAGGAGGAAGACGCACGCUCGAUGGAGGAUUGGAGCUUUAGUUGGGAUAGCGGCGCUGGUAGUCUUUCUCGUGUGGCUGAAAUCUCGUGUCGCCUCCUCGAUCCGUCGCCAGGAAGAAGCCGCCGAUCCGUCGGGAUUUCCGGGUUUCUCCGUGGAGAUCAAACCGAAGCUGGCGUUUCUUUUUCUCGCCCGGAAUCGAAUGCCCCUUGACUUCCUGUGGCAGCGCUUCUUCGAGGGUGCCAAAGACCAAGAGUUUAGUGUCUAUAUACACGCGAGGCCAGGGUUUGUGUACAAUAAAGAAACAACUGAUUGCAUUUACUUCUACAAUCGACAGUUGCCAAAUAGCAUUCUGGUCGAAUGGGGUGAAGCAAGCAUGAUAGAGGCGGAGCGUUUAUUGCUUGCCAAGGCUUUCGAAGACAGCAGCAACGAAAGAUUUCUGUUGUUAUCCGAGAGUUGCGUACCCUUGUACAGUUUUACUUUCAUAUACGAGUAUUUGAUGGCUUCACCUAAAAGUUUUGUAGACAGUUUUAGAGACCGAAAGGAAAACAGAUACAACCCCGUGAUGGCUCCAGUCAUCUCAAGAGCAAACUGGAGAAAGGGAUCACAGUGGUUUGUGCUUCUUCGCAACCAUGCGGAGGCAGUAGCCCGUGAUCAGGAAAUCUUUCUCCGUUUUCGCGACCAUUGCAAGAGAGGUGCAUUGCCGGAGUUUUGGAGGGAAUACAGUGUGAGUGCAUACAGGCAGUCAGGAAGGAACUGUGUGCCGGAUGAGCACUACGUCCAAACCGUUCUUUCGAUCAAAGGUUUCGACGACGAACUUGAGCGUCGAUCCUUGACAUAUAGCCUUUGGAAGUACGCUGGUCGGCGGAAGGAGCGUCAAGGAUGGCAUCCAGUCACCUUCUCGGAUGCAUCGAUGAAGCUAGUCCGGGAGAUCCAGGCCAUUGACAACAUCAAAUUCGAGACCGAGGGGCGAGUGGAGUGGUGCAGUGUGGCUGGCGAUCCUCGGCCGUGCUUCUUGUUUGGACGCAAGUUUACCAAAGCCGCUGGGCUGAAGCUCUUAAACAUGACUUUAGCCGAUGAUCCUGACAGCGUGAAUUUAUACCACGAUAAAACGCGGAAGAAGUUACCACUGGUGCAAUCGUCGUGAUGCACGGAAGAAAAGUUAGAAAACAAAAUUCAAUGAAAAUGUAAUUACUGUUGAUCCCUGUCUUAACAACAUGGAAUAUCCUGAGCGAA